AUGGGGAAGGAUACCGGGCCUGAGGUUUCCUGGGGGCCCCCCUCCAAAGGAGGUGUGAGGCUAAUUGUCUGUGAGGGACUUGGAGGUGGAUGGGCCAAAGAGGAGUGGCCUCCAGAUCGUCGGACUGAACGUCUGGAACAGCGUCCCAUCCAGCCCUCUUUCACCAAGUCCCUCUGCCGGGAGUCCCACUGGAAGUGCCUGCUGCUCUCCCUGCUCAUGUACGGCUGCCUGGGGGCCGUGGCCUGGUGCCACGUCACCACGGUGACUCGCCUCACCUUCAGCAGCGCCUAUCAGGGCAACAGCCUCAUGUACCAUGACAGCCCCUGCUCCAACGGCUAUGUCUACAUCCCCCUGGCCUUCCUGCUCAUGCUGUAUGCUGUCUAUCUGGUGGAGUGCUGGCACUGCCAAGCCCGCCAUGAGCUGCAGCACCGCGUUGAUGUAAGCAGUGUCCGGGAGCGUGUGGGCCGCAUGCAGCAGGCCACACCCUGCAUCUGGUGGAAGGCCAUCAGCUACCACUAUGUCCGCCGCACCCGUCAAGUCACUCGAUACCGCAACGGAGACGCCUACACCACCACCCAGGUCUAUCACGAGCGCGUCAACACGCACGUGGCGGAGGCCGAGUUCGACUACGCGCGCUGCGGGGUCCGCGACGUCUCCAAGGCGCUGGUGGGGCUGGAGGGCGCGCCGCGGCGGCGGCUGACGCUGUCGUGGCCGCUGCGCGUGCUGGCGGAGUACCGCACGGCCUACGCGCACUACCACGUGGAGAAGCUCUUCGGCCUGGAGGGCCCGGGCUCCGCCAGCAGCGCGGGCGGCGGCCUGAGCCCCAGCGACGAGCUGCUGCCCCCGCUCACCCACCGCCUGCCGCGGGUCAACACGGUGGACAGCACGGAGCUGGAGUGGCACAUCCGCUCCAACCAGCAGCUCGUGCCCAGCUACUCGGAGGCGCAGAGGAAAGGCCAUCGAGAUUGCCAACACCGGCCGCUGCACCGCCACGGCUCCUGCGUGGAGACCUCACUGUGA